UGGCGGCUCUCUCAACAAUAUAGGGAUUUUAAAGCGAAAACAAUGGCUUUAACCUUCCGGAGAGUCGCGUUACCGUCUCGACUAACCACCGGAAUGAUGUCUGCAUCGUUUUAGCUCGUCAGAUUUGCCUAACGACGGCCUUAGAGACGUCCCUUCGUCUGUUAGGGACUCAGUGUUUUUCUUGUUCGCCUCCCGGGCCUGAAGUAGCGGCGGGGUUGCUACUCUCGGAUGAGCGGGCUGUGAGGCUUCAAAAGAGGUGGGGGGGAUCUUAAUUUAGACGAUAAACAAGUCGACUGAGGUGCACAAGGCGAAUGCGAGGGAUAAAUCUUUACAAAUGAGCGCUGAAGGACGCAAAAAGACGCAGAGUUUGACUCCCUAACUUGGUGUUUUUUUUUUUUUUUUUCCUCCUCGCUGCUUUUUAGCAUUAGCGUCAACUUGCCGUAGCCACCGCGAGAAGGCAAAGUAAACCAACAUCGGUUAUCCAACGCAAGUUGUAGGAUGGAUCCAGACGGUGGGGCAGAUUCACAAAAGGCUGUCAGUCUGCAGUGGAAGAGCUACAAACUCGUCCAGGACCCAACUAUCCGGAGGGUCACACAGAAAAUCUACAGAUACGAUGGAGUUCAUUUCAGUGUGCCGGACUCUGGUUUUCCUCCUGUGGGCGAACUGCGGGACCCAAGGCCCCGGAGACUGUGGUCCAGGUAUACAGAACUGUCCAUGCCAGUGCCGAAGUUUAAGCUUGAUGAGUUCUAUGUGGGUCCCAUUCCCCUCAAGGAGGUGACCUUUGCUAGACUCAAUGACAACAUCAAGGAGCCCUUCUUGGCAGAAAUGUGUGCCAAGUUUGGCGAGGUGGAGGAGAUGGAGAUCCUUUUUCACCCCAAGACCAGGAAGCACUUGGGUCUGGCCAGGGUGUUAUUCACUAGCACCAGAGGAGCCAAAGACACAGUCAAGCAUCUGCACAAUACUUCUGUCAUGGGUAACAUCAUUCAUGCUCAACUGGAUAUAAAAGGCCAGCAGAGGCAGAAGUAUUAUGACCUAAUCGUAAAUGGGUCCUACACUCCUCAGACAGUGCCCCUCGGAGGCAAGGCUUUGACAGACAGGGUCCAGCCUCAGGCCCCAACACAGCCACAGCCACAGCCACAGCCUGACACGUCAACAGAAAUGAAGCGGAGGAUCUCCAGUGAGUUUGCAGUUUUGGCAGCAGGGGUCCAGGCCCUCACAACAGGAAGCAUCACUCCUGGCUCUGCAGAUACUGGCUUCAGUGAUCAGCGUCUGGACACAACCCCCUCUUCCAUGGCAGGCUCCUCUGCAUCGUCUCAGGGCGGAGGAACGCCUUACAGCUCCAGAUCUGGGACUCCUUUCUCACAAGACGCGGGUUACACCGGCAACAGGCAUACUGGCUACAACGCUGGCACUUUAGGCAGCGGCUACCCUCCCCAGGACAUGCUACCUUCCUCCUCCUCAUCUUCUGCGGUCUCAUCUACUGUCGGAGGAUACAAAGUGUCUCGCUACUCUGAGGAUGCACAGGAACCUUCAGUGUAUCAUCGAGGUCGCCCUAUGUACCCCCCAAACACGUCAUACCGUCCCAACGAGCCGCCGUGCUACCCCCCGUACCCCAAUGUUGGAGGGCCUGGACCACACAUCGGGCACCACUCCUCAAUGCCUCCGCCACCUCUUGCCACCCAAUAUGAUCAGCCCCCAAUGUCAGACAGGGACCGGGACCGCGAUAGAGACUCAGGGGGCCGCUACGGGGCGGGGGGGAUUGGCGCCAGGAGGUCAUCUUACCACCACCAGCAAGACACAAACUCUUCCUCAAAGUACCAUUCCCAUCACUCCCAUCACCACUCGGAACGCAGGGACGACAGGGGGUACCGGCGAGACAGCCUGGGCUCCCGAUCUGGUGACCACAGCCACCAGAGACACCGCAACCACCACCAUUCUCACAACCACCAUGGCAGCAGCAGCCGCAGAAGGAGCAGCCAUGACCGGGACAGGGACCGAGACAGAGACCGAGACAGGGACAGUGACUACUCCAACAGCUCUGACCCCAGAUACAAUUCCAACUCUUACCGCUCUUCCUCUAACAGCAUGUCUCCUCCCCCCUCAUCUUACUCCGCAUACUCCUCCUCCAAAGAGCCUGCCCCAGCCCCUCCUCAGGGAUUAGAUGUUUCUACCCGUCUAGGGGGCACAAGCCUCGCAGAGAGGGGCUCUCUGCCUUCGGUAGGCGCUGACAAAGAUUACCAUGCUGGUCACCACAGCGCUCUGCCUCCACCUCCCCCACCGCCACCUCCUCUCCCGCCAGCCUCAGUCAUCGCAGCAGCUGUAGCUGAGACACUGGGAACACUGGACUUCAACCAGGACAGUCCAGCACGCGAAGAGCAAUGGACAAAACCCAAACGCCGUCCCAGCACCCCACCCGCACCACCAAAGACGCCCCCGCCUUCCUCUCCACCCCACCCCACCAUUGCCUCCUCCUCGACCUCCCCUUCUUCUACCUCCCUCCCCCACCAUCUGUCUUCCUCCCCUCCAGUCCCGCCCCUCAACCGUGACUCUUCCUCGCCCAGAGCAGAUUCCACCACAUGAGACCGUUUACCGUUCGUUCACACACAGCGAAGCCUUGACUCCUCGUAUUGAAUGCUCCUGAAAGAACAGACCAAGUUUUCUUUCCUGGCCUCUGAUGAGGAAGAUGAGGACGAUAGGAAAGAAGAUAAGCAGAGGGCAUACGCUGGGAGAUGGGAGGAGAACGAGAGAGGUGGGUCAGGCGGACGUAACGGGGGAGCACACAAGUGGAAUCAGGUAGGGACACAGGGGAGACACGGACCAACAGGAGAAAAGGAAAGAGCAGAGAUGGCACAGAGAAGGAAACGGGGAAAGGGGGAGAAUGGUCGGAAGAGUCCCACUGUACGUACAGCAACAACCAUCCUCUUCCAAUACUCCCACACCAUCCUGCCCCCAGAGGAGCCCCAGCCCCAGGUUGGCCUCACUGGGGCUGGAGCUUUGGCAUGGAGAAUCUUUACAGGCCGUGGUCACUAAACAAGGAGCAGAACGAGACACACACACCACCUUAACAAUGGAGCAGAGUCAUGGAAGAGUCAGGAGCUGGUACCAAAAAGCUCAGGCUUCAUUUCGGGGGAAGACAUGGAGAUCUCAGACGAGGAGGAGGAGGAGACUGCCAUAACAACGGUGACCACCCACCAGCCCUCAGUCACCUCAGGUUCCUCACCCUCUUCAUCCCAGGCGCCUGCCUCCCAAACAACAGACCCCUCUUCUUCACCCCCACCCAUCUCGACUCUGCACAGCACUCUUGGCACCUCCAUGCACCCUCCAAUACCUUCCUACCCUCCUCAUUUGCCUCCUCCACCUCCCCCUGGUUACUUGCAGCCGCCUCCCCCCGGGAUCCCUCCCUUGCCCCACAUGGAACUGCACCCCGAGUAUCCUCCUCCCAUGCCCCACCACAUGUAAUGACUAUGCCACCUCUAUGGAGCUGUGAACCAGUAAAGCGGUGCUCCCAUGUCCUUCCAAAUCAGACCCACAUCUAAUCGUCUACACCAGCUGCGCUUGUCGUCCGCCAACGGACCCGGCCCGGGUGAGGCAGACAACUGCAGAUUACGCCUCUACCAUCUCCACUCCAUGCGCGCACCCCAGCACAGCUCCUACCAUCUCCACUCCAUGCCGCCACCCCACACACACCACCCCUACAUGGACCAAGAGGGGAACGGGGCGGGCUCUCAUUAUGACCAGGACCACCGCUACAUGCCCCCCCACAUGCCCUACCCUUACCCCGACCCGCACGGCACUCAGAUCCCACCCCCUCCACACCACGGCAUCCCGCCUCCCCAUACUGGCUGGCCCCCACACGUCUUACCGCCACACUACCCCUCUUACAUGCCCCCGCCUGGCUAUGGCACCAUGCUGCCCGGGGAUGGGGACGAGUACAGGGCUCCAGGGGAGGAGAUGCCCAUGCUUGCAGAAAAUCCGCAUGAAGCCACGGUGCAGAUGGUCCUGGCCACUCUGAUCCAGGAAAUGAAAAACAUCAUGCAGAGGGACCUGAACCGCAAAAUGGUGGAGAACGUUGCCUUUGCAACUUUUGACGAGUGGUGGGAGAGGAAAGAGACCAAGGCCAAGCCCUUCCAGACAAUGGUUAGGGGGGUGUCUGCCUUACGGGAUGAGGAGAAAAAAGAAGAAAAGGUCAACCGUCCUCGGGAGCCUCUCAUGUCUCUUGUUGAUUGGGCAAAGAGUGGUGGCGUGGAAGGAUUUUCUCUCCGAGGAGCGCUACGGUUGCCUUCCUUUAAGGUAAAGAGGAAAGGACCUCAGGAAUUUGAAGAGGGAGACAUGAAAAGGCCGCGACCGUCAACCCCACCAGACGAGGAUGAUGAAGCUGCUGAAGGGAGAAGGCCAGAGGCAGACAGGCAUGGAGCAGAAAGGGACAACAAGAGGAGGAAAAAGAAGCCAAGAACUCGUAAACCUUGGGAGCUUGGCAGUGAGGGAGAGGAAACAUCGGAUGGAUCCUCAACUGAAAAGGAGGAUGAGGAGGAAAGUGAAAAGGAGUCUGAUGAUGAUGCCCUUAGUGUGGACAGUGAUGAUGAAAGCCUCUCCUCGUCCUCUGAGGGUUCUUCCUCUUCGGCAUCUUCAUCCUCAUCUUCGUCUGAAGAUGAGGAUGAAGAGGAAGGAGAGAGGGCUGAUAGUGACGGGCCAGACAGCAUGGACGAGUCAACAAUGGACAGCACAACUGAGAAGGAGGAUGAGAGGCAAAAUAACGCAGCUGCUGUUCCAAAGACAGAAGUCAAAACAGGUGAAUUCAAGGACAGCAAGGCAGAUACAACGCCAGCAACUACCAAGCGUCCUCCAUCCCCCCCAUACCCACGUCCUUCGUCCCCUAUUGUUCUUGUGCCACCUCUCAAGAAACGCAGGAAGACUGUCUCGUUCUCCACAGGCGAGAACGAUAGCAAAACGCAGCUGCCACCUGCCCCGCUAUCUCCAUCUCCCUCACAAGUGGCGGGUGAAUCACUCCUCCUCUCCCCCGGCAGGCCUACAGACUCCCCUGUCACUGCUGCCCCAUCUCCCUCAGCUCGUCCCACUCAGGGCAUCCAACUGCUUCCCUUUGCCUCCAAACCAGGUGAAGGCAAUGCCCUCAUCGUGCCCCCAUCUGGACGAACCCAAGAUUCUGAUGAGCCCAAAAAGGGACCACCUGUUUCUCCUCAGACCACCCCUGUCAAAUCCCCUGGAAAACGGGGUACAGGAAAAGACUCCCCCAAAUCUCCUGCCCCUCCUGUUAUGGUGUGCCGCACUGUGCAGAACCUGCCAUUGGACCACGCCUCUAUGUGCAGGAUGGCCUUUGAGGAGGCCCCUCCUCCACCUCCCGUCAACAAACGGUCCCGAGGCAGGCCUCGGACAACCAGCCUGUCAGCUUCUUCCUGUCACUCACUCAGAGAGGAAGAUGAUGAGGAAGAAACUGGUCAGAGGUUGAGACUCAGAGAGCAGCUGGGGGCAUCGAGCCUCCUCCAGCUGGCUUCCGCCUCGACCACUGACCUAUCUGUGUUGGCUGAUGUAGCCCUGAAAAUGGACCCUGAUGCUGGGGACUCAGAGGAGACAGAGACAUCUGAUGAGGCUGAGGAGCAGAAGAUGGAAGAGGAUCUCUUCUCCCCAGAGUCACUGGCCCUGGUUAUUAGUGCAGAGGGUGUAAUUGUCCUUUUGGAGCACAACUACUGCAAACCCCCUGUUGUCCCAGUAGCACCCAGUACCAAAAGGACUUCCAAACAAGACUCCUCUGUCUUGCUCCCAGCAGACCUCAACACUAUUUCUGGGGUGCUCGAAGCACCAGAGGAGGUCAUUGGAGAGGCGCUACCAUCCAGGGGAGAUCCAGGCGAAUACUUAAAUGCUAUGGGAGUGCUUUGUGACUCUGAGGAUGUGGGCCAGGCGGCAGCUCUACCUCCAUCAUCAAAGAAGAUCCUGGUUGGCAAGGGUCUCGAACUUGAAAUGGACAAGAGCAAAAAGCGGAGAAGAAAAGACAAAGAAAACCUUGAGGUUCAUCACACAAAAAAACAGAAGGAGCAGCCAGGCAAAAAACAGGGGAAACGGAAACUAGAGGACUCAGACUUUGAGGAAGAUGUGGACGUGGAGGAGCUCGAGUCUGGAGAGCUGUCCAGCUCAGACACAGAGGACGAUAUGGUUGAGGAGGUGAGGAAGAGCGAGCGCCUCUUUCUGCAGGAGGCAGGGGUAACGUCGUGCCAGCGCUGGCCAAAACCUGUCCCAGCACCCGAGCCAGCAUCCAUGAAGUUUGACAACCGCAGCGAGUUCGAGCAGAUGACCAUCCUGUAUGACAUCUGGAACUCCGGUCUGGACGGCGAAGACUUGAUGUUACUGAAGAAGACCUAUGAGAAGCUACUACAGGACGACCACAGCUCUGACUGGCUUAAUGAUACUCACUGGGUCAGCCACACUAUAACCAAUUUGCCGAACCCCCGGCGUAAGAAGAAGAACGCAGGUGGGCAGCUUCGUGAGCAUGUGACCGGUAGUGCCAGGAGUGAGGGCUACUACGCCAUUAGCCGCAAGGAGAAGGACGUCUAUCUGGACCUGGACCUGCCCGAGCAAGUCAUACGAGAGGUGGAGAAUGUCGACAGCUCGGGAGCAAACAGGGUCCUAUCAGAGAGACGAUCAGAACAGCGCCGCCUCCUCACCGUCAUUGGCACCACUGCUGUCAUGGACUCUGACCUGCUCAAACUCAACCAGCUGAAGUACCGCAAGAAGAAGCUUCGUUUUGGACGCAGCCGGAUCCACGAGUGGGGCCUGUUCGCCAUGGAGCCCAUUGCUGCUGAUGAGAUGGUCAUCGAGUAUGUGGGUCAAAACAUCAGACAGAUGGUGGCUGACAAUCGAGAGAAGCGGUACGCACAGCAGGGCAUCGGGAGCAGCUACUUGUUCAGAGUGGACCACGACACAAUUAUAGACGCCACCAAGUGUGGCAACCUGGCACGAUUCAUCAACCACUGCUGCACUCCAAACUGUUACGCCAAGGUUAUCACCAUAGAGUCCCAGAAAAAGAUCGUGAUCUACUCAAAGCAGGCCAUCGCUGUCAACGAAGAAAUCACCUACGACUACAAAUUCCCCCUCGAGGAGAACAAGAUUCCUUGCCUGUGUGGAACGGAGAACUGCCGCGGGACACUGAAUUAGUUUCUCUUCCCUACUUUGCAACGGCCAGCCAAAUACGGUCUCCCCCGGUUCACCCUCCUCAGAGUGUACCCAGAAAACAAAGCGGCUUUCCAAUACCCCCUGCCACUCCAAAAGACCACACAGCUGUCCUCACAAUACCCAGGAAACAGACACACACACUUGCACUUUUCAUGCACAUUUUCAGUCACUUAGCAGUUUUACGAGCCAGUGUGUGUGAGGGGUUUGUGUUACAAGGCAUGUGAAAACUAUGAGGGCGUGGGGGGGUGCUUUGUUUCACCAUUAGCUCUCCUGUGGCAGUAUUGUCGGACUAUUGUUGGCAUGAAAGGUCUCUCAAUUUCCACCCUAGUAUCCGUUUGAAGGAAGUCAAUGAAAACUGAAAAACACUGGUAUUUUAUGUCUACGUCAGCUCACAUAAUCUACAGCCUGGAUCACUUUUCCAGUGUCCAGUCCCUCGCUGCACCCACCAACCCAUCCACACAGGUCCGCACAUAGACGCACAGGAAUAUCAGACAAAUUCAGGGUUUUUAAAAAGCGCUUGUUAAGGGCGCACUUUUAAAGAUGACAAACUUCAAUCAAUUUGGUCUUCAGUUAUGCAAGAUUUCAAGUGUGAAGAUUCUUUUUUUUUUUUUUUUAUUUCAUUUCAUAGUAUUAUAUAUUAAUAUUACUAUUGCUGUUAUUAAUGGUAUUUAGUUGCAUUAGCUGUAAGCAUCUUACAGUGAAAUGAGUUUCUGUAUACCCACCCACUGUCCUUAGUGGCUUGUGUUCACUAGCCCUGUUAUUCCCCUUCUCCACCGUGCAAUUUGCCACAACCCUCUGUUGGGAUGAGAGUCCUUUGAGCUAUUGUUUUUAACCCACCAUGAAAAUAUUUGUCAGUUUGGUUAGCUAAAAGUGUUAAUUUUACAUGGCUGCUGAAUUUUUGUCUGCAGGAUCAGCACAACAGAGAAUUGGCUUGUUUUUUUUUUCCCCCACUUCAAAGCUGUCAACAAGAUGUCUUCUUAGGAUAACUCUGCAAGUGUUUGUUCAAUAGGAUCUCUCAGCCUGUUUGUCUGUUUAGUUUGUCUGUAAACUUCCAUAGUGUUCCUGUAUUUUGUUACAACCAGCAAAUGGCAGAUUCCUAUUUCAACACUUGGCGAACUGCAAGUCCUUCUUUCUUCAGCCGUUAAAACAGAUUAUCAGAAAUCUCCUGCAGGUCCACGUAAAAAUGAUGCGGUCAGUGUUCAACUUAGUCUGUGUGCUGCAAAUGUUUUUAAAAGCCGCAUUUAUUUGAUUAGAUCAGGUCUCUUCAGAGGUUUAGUUUAGUAAAGUUUCUUCUUUUUGUUUUUUUCCUGUUUUGUGGGCCUUUUCCAGAAUGCAUUAGUAUCUAUUUUAUUUGAGUGUGGAGUCACUCACACUCAACAAUCCCUCCCUGAAACAUUUUUCAUUUUAAGGCAAACAAAUGUCCUGCGUACAAUUUGUUGGCAGUGUAGAUGGGUGGAAGGGGAGGUAUAAUAUAUAUAUAAGCCUCAGCAGGUUUGUGAUAUGCUGCAGACAGCAGGAUGUAUAUGGCCCUUGUGUUGUGUUUCUGUUUUUCAUAUGGCUAUGGCCGUCCAAAGUUGAACUUUAAUUCUAAACUUUUAAUUAGCAGAAGACUCUUUAUUUUGUUCCCUCCUAAACAGGAAAAUGUGUAAGAUAUUUUUUGUUGCAAUGAAAGCCUUUCAGUACAAACCAACCCUCUUUACUACAGGAUAAAAAGAUGAAAGGAAAAAAAAAUCAAAGAAGUACAUGUAAAUAUUGUAGAGGUGUUUGUUUCUCGUAGAAACACACUGAUUUCAAGCUGUAAAUAUGUUGUUCCUUUUCCUCUCUCCAUGAGGAGGAAACAUGUACAUACCUUCCAUUCAUUUAUUUUUUAUUGUUUUUCCUUUUAAUUUGAUGAUUAUUUUAAUAUUAUUUGCAAUAUUUCUCUUGUAUUAAUGCGUUGGACCCUUUAUUAAUGGUGCAUUAAAAUAUUUUUUAAAUAAACAAAAUGUU